AUGGCCCGGUCGCUGCUCCUGCUCGCCGCGCUCUGCGCCCUCGCCGCCGCCGCCUCAGCGGCGUGCCCCAACAUCAUCUCGCGGUCCGGGUGGGGCGCGCGCAAUCCCACGGCGACCACGCAGCUGUCCAAGAAGCCCACGCCCUACGUGGUGGUGCACCACGGCGCCAGUUCCUCCUGCACCACGCAGAGCGCGUGCGCGUCCAUCGUGCGCAGCUACCAGAACCAGCACAUGGACGUCAACGGCUGGGCGGACAUCGGCUACAACUUCAUCAUCGGCGAGGACGGCAACGUAAUCGGUUUCAACAAAUCAACACGCAAGCUACCCAACAAUGCCGCCCUGAACGCCCUCAACAACCUGAUCGAGUGCGGCGUGUCGAAGGGCAAGAUCACAGCCGCCUACAAGGAGAUCGGCCACCGUCAGGCCACGGCUACCGAGUGCCCCGGCACCAAGCUGUACCAGUGGGUGCAGAGCCAGUCGCACUGGACCUCCAGCCCCUGAGGUCAUCGAUCUUGCACUGCGCUUCUUUUGGCACUCAUGCUUGCACUCCUCUGAAAAGCUUUUCUGUUCUCGCUCCCCGCUCCCCACCCUUCGUAAAUUUAUUUCUCUCUUGUUGAUCCUUCCUCAUUCAUCUCCGUUUCUUGGGGCUGCGUUUGUCAGCGCUGUCAUCAAAUUUCUCUUCCCCAUCCUCUUUUUCAGCUGCUUUGUUAUACACAACCCCUCAUUAAUUACUAUUAUUCAAAUUUAAUAUUCUUGUUCUCAUUGUUACCGUAAAUUCGGUACGAAAGUAAUUAAUUUUCAUCCAGUAUUUUUAUACAAUAAAUCAAUUCAGUACUGCAUCA